GCGGGGCGGGGCGGGCCCGGCGCGGAGCCGGCGGGGCACAACGGGCGCGGGGAGCGGCGGCGGCGCUGGCAGCAGGUUCCCGUGCUGGGCGAGAGCAGAUGGCGGCCCUGCUCCUCAUCUACCUGCCCCUCCUGCCGGGGCUGGCCGGCGCCUUCAACCUGGACACGGACAACGUGAUCAGCUGGAGCGGGGAGACGGGCAGCCUCUUCGGCUUCUCCCUGGCCAUGCACCGGCAGCUGCAGCCGCAGGAGAAACGGCUAUUGCUGGUUGGAGCUCCUCGGGAAAAGGCCUUUCCAGCCCAGCAAGCCAACAGAACGGGAGGGCUGUACAGCUGUGACAUUGCAUCUCCAAAUACAAAUUGCAUGCGUGUCAAAUUUGAUGAGGAGACUGACCCAAAGAUGGAGAGUAAAGAAGACCAGUGGAUGGGUGUAACUGUCCAAAGUCAGGGGCCAGGAGGAAAUGUGGUGACGUGUGCGCAUCGCUAUGAAAAAAGGCAGUACGUAAACACAGUGCAGGAAACCCGGGAUAUCAUUGGAAGGUGCUAUGUGCUGAGCCAGGACCUCACUAUUAAGGAUGAUAUGGAUAAUGGAGUAUGGAGUUUUUGUGAUGGUCGUUUAAGAGGCCAUGAGAAGUUUGGUUCCUGUCAGCAAGGUGUUGCUGCUACCUUUACUAGAGACUAUCAUUAUAUUGUGUUUGGUGCCCCAGGCACUUACAACUGGAAAGGGGUGGUCCGUGCAGAGCAAAAGAAUCAGACAUUUUAUGAUCUUGGUAUCUUUGAUGAUGGGCCUUACGAAGUUGGUGAUGAGAGCCGCCAGGAUAAGAAUCUAGUUCCUGUUCCAGCUAACAGUUACUUAGGUUUCUCUUUGGACUCUGGUAAAGGAAUUGUCUCCCAAGAUGAGAUGACUUUUGUCUCUGGUGCCCCAAGAGCAAACCACAGUGGAGCAGUUGUUUUACUGAAAAAAGAAAAAAAUCAGAGAGCACUUUCCCUGGAGCACAUGUUUGAAGGAGAAGGGCUGGCCUCCUCUUUUGGCUAUGAUGUUGCUGUUGUGGACCUCAACAGUGAUGGCUGGCAGGACAUCGUUGUUGGGGCCCCACAGUACUUUGACAGAAGUGGGGAUAUUGGGGGUGCCGUGUAUGUCUACAUGAACCACCAAGGCAAAUGGGCAGGGGUGAAGCCUCUUCGCUUAAAUGGAACCACUGACUCCAUGUUUGGACUUGCAGUUGAAAAUGUUGGGGACAUUAAUCAGGAUGGAUAUCCAGAUAUUGCAGUAGGAGCUCCAUACGAUGGUUUUGGCAAAGUAUACAUUUAUCAUGGAUCUGAGAAUGGAAUAAAUACAAAGCCGGCACAGAUUCUUGAUGGUGAAAAAACAAACACCAAUUUCUUUGGUUACUCUAUUGCUGGAAAUAUGGACCUGGAUAAAAAUUCCUACCCUGAUGUUGCUGUUGGUUCCCUGUCAGAUUCUGUAAAUGUGUACAGAUCUCGGCCUGUGAUAAGCAUUAGAAGAAACAUUACAGUACAGCCUGACAGAAUUGAUCUAAAGAAAAAGAACCCUGAGGACCAUGGUGAAAUAAGGAUGGAUGUGAAAGCAUGUUUUAAAUAUACUGCAAACCCCAGAGAUUUAAAUCCAAGAAUAAAGAUCAAUUAUACAUUUGAAGUGGAGAACGAGAGGCGGCAGCUGGGCCUGCCCUCCAGGGUGCGCUUCAGUGACCACUCCUCUGAUCAGUUCACUGCGAGUACAACCCUCAGGGGACAGAACUCAUGGGAGUGUGUGACAACAAAGCUUAUACUGCAGGAGAAAAUUAAAGAUAAGCUACGUCCCAUUCCAAUAUCAGUCAGUGUUAAAAUUGCUGGCCUGGAGUCACCAUCCAAGAGAAAAGAGAGUGCACUUCCAGAUCUUACACCAAUUCUAAAUGCAAAUGAAUCUGAAACAGAGACCACAAAAGUGGAGUUCUUAAAAGAAGGAUGUGGAGAAGACAAUAAAUGUCACAGCAAUCUUAAGCUUCAGUACCGGUUUUGUACGAGAGAGGGAAAUGAAGACAGGUUUACUUAUUUACCGCUUGAAAAGGGCAUGCCAGUGCUUGUUCUGAAAGACCAGAAAGAUAUUGCCCUGGAAAUAACAGUGACAAACAAUCCAUCUGAUCUGAAAAAGCCACAAAAAGAUGGUGAAGAUGCAUAUGAAGCUAAACUAAUUGCAACUUUUCCAGACAGUCUGACAUACUCUGCAUUCAGAGAGAUGAGGGGUUAUCCUGAAAAACAGCUAACGUGUGGUGCUAACCAAAAUGGUUCUCAAGCAGAGUGUGAACUUGGAAAUCCUUUCAAAAGAAAUUCUAAUGUAACCUUUUAUCUGAUCUUAAGUACCACUAAAGUUAAUGUUGAUACAACAGACUUAGACAUUAACUUGAAGCUGGAAACAACAAGCACUCAAGUUAAUUUGACUCCAAUUACAGCCAGUGCUAAAGUGGUUCUUGAAUUGCUUUUAUCACUCACUGGAGUUGCUAAGCCUUCUCAGGUAUAUUUUGGAGGUAACAUCAUUGGUGAGAGUGCUAUGAAAUCUGAAGAUGAUAUUGGAAAUCUCAUAGAGUAUGAAUUCAGAGUAACUAAUUUGGGCAGACCACUGAAAACAUUUGGCACUGCUUCCCUGGACAUCCAGUGGCCAAAAGAAAUUAGUAAUGGCAAAUGGCUGCUUUAUUUGAUGAAAAUAGACUCCAAAGGCUUGGAAAAAGUCUCCUGUCAACCCGAGAAUGAAAUCAACAGUUUGCACAUUGCGGAAUCCCAUAACUCAAGAAGGAAACGUGAAGUUGCAGAGAAGCAGAUUACAGACAGCCAGGCAUUUUCUUUAUUCUCAGAAAGAAAGUACAAGACCUUGAGCUGCAAUGCGAAUGCACGCUGUGUGGACAUAAAAUGUCCCCUGAAGGGUUUAGACAGCAAGGCAUCUAUUGUGCUGCGUUCCAGACUGUGGAACAGUACCUUCUUAGAGGAAUUCUCAAAAAUGAAUUACCUUGACAUUCUUGUUAGGGCUUCUAUCAGUGUUCCUGCUGCAGCCAAGAAUGUUAAACUCACAAAUGAAGUUGCUCAGGUGCGUGUUACCGUGUUUCCUGCAAAACCAGUAGCCCUUUAUACAGGAGUUCCGUGGUGGAUCAUUGCGGUGGCUAUCCUUGCUGGAAUACUCAUGCUUGCACUGUUGGUAUUCUUACUAUGGAAGGUGGGUGUUUAUUCAUCUGGUUAUUUUUUAUUUUCUGUAAAUUUAUUUUUAUUUUACCUAAACUGUUCUUUUCCUUGUCUGCGCAGUGUGGGUUCUUCCGGCGUUCCAGGUACGAAGACAGUGUCCCCCGCUAUCACGCUGUAAGAAUUCGAAAAGAGGAGCGACAGAUCAAAGAUGGGAAAAGCCAAGACCUUGAGACAAAACAGUGGUACACCAAAUGGAAUGAAAAUGAAAGUUAUUCUUAGGCAGAAAUGUUGCUUAUCCACAGAGUUCAGACAGAGGUUAAGGUUCUCAUUCACAGAAUACUGAUGGAGUUAGACCUGUGAACACUAUGGACAUUCACCAUUUGAUUGUAGAUAUUACUACUUUUAUUGAGGCUUUUAUUUGCACAGUUAAAAUGGCUUUGACAGACUUUAUUUGCCUUAUUUAAUUGCUUCUUCAUCCCCCUUAAAUCUAACACACUUUAGAAAAUACUGUGCUGAUUUGGGGUCUUUUCUGCAAAAUAAGCAAAACCACUACAGCAGACGUUUUGAUCCUCCUGUGAUCCUGACUUCAUUCCUAGUUACUUAAGGAAUGCAUGAUUAAGGUCAAGAUGAGCUCUCCAUUGUUCCCUCAAUGCACAGUGCUUUAUAAACACAAAGUGGCCUUAUCAUACUUUUUUCAGGUAUAACUGAAGACCUGAAAGUCUGCUUUAGUCAUAACCUUUGCCUGCUGCAGUAGUUAGGGCUUAACAAAAAGCAUCAUCUUAAAUUACACGUGCAACGGGUCAUGUUGCUUGAUUUUGGGCUCUUUUUAUUUUAAGAUCAGAUUGUGGGAUUCUUGCUCACAACAAAUAUACACAGGUUUUUUUUAAGAGAGGCUUGAAUAUUAGAUGUACUUUCUGUAUAUAAAUAUUUUAGUCAUUUUUGUAUUUAUUUUUAUUAUAAAUCAUUGUCUUUGACUAACUGGUAGGCCAAAGACUACUGAAUUUUUAAAUCCACUGUUCUGGUUUUUGUGUUUCUGGUUUUGAACUUCAAAUUAUGAGACCUGAGGCUUUCACUGCAUUUUAAUAAAUCACUGAAGGUGCCAGUGCUAUCUAAAAUGUAAAUAUUUAUGGAAAUGAUGUGUAUGGGUGCUUUCUUUUCCUGAUGCUUGUAACAUCAGGUCCUGUAACAUGAUUUAUGUAUUACUGUGGACUGUUCAACAAUUUGGACACCAAGUUGAAGUAAUGUUUUAGAUAUCGUUUUAUACUCAUUGCAGGAAACUGAAAAGUCCUUUGGAAACCUCAUUCCAGCUUCAUAAGGACUUCCUGGUUGGCAAAAGGCAUUGACUACUGCAACUGUUGUGUAGCACUUGACGGAGGCUGUAGGUGCCUUACUUACCUUAACUGUCGGGAUCUGAGCUGAUCCUCGUUGAGACUACUGAAUCAUCUUGAAUACCUGAAUAUUGAUAAAAGUAGAACAUUGGUAUUAGUAAUCUGGUUAUUGUAACAUAACUGAGAAAAUGAUUUAAAGAGUUUUACUUUUUUACCCAUAUUCUAAAGCCUUGGUACUACUUAAGAACAAAGAUUUAGCUCACAGUUGUGUAUUUCUUGUGAAACAAAAUUCUGCUCAAAAGGUAUGCAUGUGAAUUGCUUGUAAUAUGAACUAUGCAAAAACCUCUUGGUACUUUUUCCCCUCAUAGGGUAAAAACCUGCUAGGAGGGCAGUUGUCAAGUAUCUUAUUUUUACUGCUAACUUUGAAUGUACCUUCUUGGAAGGUGUGGUCUCCUAAAAAGUUACCUUUAGUGUUAAUUAAGAAAGAUAAGUCUAUUAAACCAGAUAAUCUCAGUAUGUUAUGACCCUGACAUUAUGAAUGCUCACAUAUUAAUUCAGAUGUUCCCCAAUUUUUGAGCUUCUAGAAUCCUAGCUUAUUUGCUUAAAGGCUCAGCAGCAUCAGAAGCUAAUCAGGGCUAAGAAGCUUGAGCAAUACCCCUGAAUAUAAAACCAGAUUGUGGCCCUCACCUAAGAACAUGAAUCUCUUAGCAGUUUUAAAGUUCUUGAAAAAUAAGUCAAGUCACUGGUAUAGUUUUAUCUCAAACUUUUGUUAAACCAGCUAAGAAUGCUACAUCAUUCCAUGAUUAGAAAUUACCUGUGGAUAUUUGUAUAGAAGUGUGAAAUAAAUUUUUUUUAAUUAAA